CUUCUAUGCGAUGGGCACUUUGUUGCCGCACAGAAACAGCAAUCAAACUGAUGCUCGAGAGCUCAUUCUCAAGAUGGAGUUACCUUUCGAGAUCGAAACCACAUCAGUAUAUCUUACCGUUCUCAUUACGCAGUUCGUUCAUCAGGUAAGCGCUGCCAGUAUGUUGGCUGUGCUAAAUUGCUUGCUGCUAACAUUGGUUCUUCAUGCAUGUGGACAGAUUGAUAUAUUGCGGCAGAAACUGAGUGAAAUUACACGGAAGAACACCAAGCAACAUAUGAACGAUAUCGCAAAAAUACUGAUUAUUCGGCAUCAAAAAAUUAUUUCCUUUUCCAAAAAUAUUGAGACUCUCUUCUCAAACAUAGCUCUAAUACAAUUUGUGUCAAUUACUUUAGUCCUCUGUUCCUUAGGAUUUGUCAUCGUGACCUCUAUUGGUGUUCCGGGUGGAUCGCCUAUGCUAGUAAAAUCCGUGUUCUUUUACAUUCUAGUCAAUAUGGAGGCAUUUAUAAUUUGCUUUCUUGGAGAAUAUCUCAGUACUAAAAGCAAAAUGAUUGGCGACGCAGCAUAUGAAGCGCUUUGGUACGAAUUGAAUCCAAUUCAGAAUCGAGAUAUUCUUUUUAUAAUUGUAAGGUCACAGAAGUUUUUGACGCUAACUAUCGGAAAGGUCGCUGAACUUUCGCUAAAACAAUUUGCUAAUAUCAUGAAAGCCUCGGCGUCAUAUAUGUCGGUGUUACACGCGAUAUAUUGAAGCCUAAACAUACUUUACUGCUCCGCUUAUAUCUUCGCGUGCAGAAGGAUAUAGUACUUUUACUACCGCCAACUGGUUAUAAUAUGUGAUUAGCAAUUUUUCAGAAACUUGAUGGGGUUUCACAUCAGAUGUAUAUAAAAGUAGACGAGUAGACGAGUAUUGGUUUGCAUAUUAAAGUAUUGUAUUUUGUGAUGAGCAAUAUGAAGUUGAUCUUAG